CUCGCGCAGCCGCUCCCCCAGGCGAGCUAGCAUGAAAUCUCCCUGCUGCCGAGAUCAAAUGGAGCUCUUCGCUCAGGGGGUGCGAGUAUUACCUCCGCCAUGCAAUUUCCACUAUCAAUAAUUUAACUUCUUUGCUGCAGAACAGAAGGAGUACAUACCGGGCACCAAAGACUCCCCCCUACCACUUCUUUUUAACCAAAGGGAACGUGAAAAAAAGAAUAGAGUCUGGGAGUUUCGGUGCCGAAGUCUUCCCCAGAGCAGCUGCCUUGAUGUUUACUUUGACAAGUAGUGACUAAUAAGUUCCACCAGGUGAGAAGAGUGAUGACCAUCCUUUUCCUUACUAUGGUUAUUUCAUACUUCAGUUGCAUGAAGGCUGCACCCAUGAAAGAAGCCAACAUCCGAGGACAAGGCAGCUUGGCCUACCCAGGUAUGCGGACCCAUGGGACUCUGGAGAGCGUGAAUGGGCCCAAGGCGGGUUCAAGAGGCCUGACGUCGUCGUUGGCUGACACUGUUGAACACGUGAUCGAAGAGCUCUUGGACGAGGACCAGAAAGUUCGGCCCAGUGAGGAAAACAAUAAGGACGCGGACAUGUACACGUCCCGGGUGAUGCUCAGCAGUCAAGUGCCUUUGGAGCCUCCUCUCCUCUUCCUGCUCGAGGAAUACAAAAAUUACCUGGAUGCUGCGAACAUGUCCAUGAGGGUCCGGCGCCACUCGGACCCUGCCCGCCGCGGGGAGCUGAGCGUGUGCGACAGCAUCAGCGAGUGGGUGACGGCGGCAGAUAAAAAGACUGCAGUGGACAUGUCAGGCGGGACAGUCACGGUCCUCGAAAAAGUCCCCGUCUCGAAAGGCCAACUGAAGCAGUACUUCUACGAGACCAAGUGCAAUCCCAUGGGUUACACAAAGGAGGGCUGCAGGGGCAUAGACAAGAGGCAUUGGAACUCCCAGUGCCGAACUACCCAGUCGUACGUUCGGGCCCUCACCAUGGAUAGCAAAAAGCGCAUUGGCUGGCGGUUCAUACGGAUAGACACUUCCUGUGUAUGUACAUUGACCAUUAAGAGGGGAAGAUAGUGGCUUUAUGCUGUAUAGAUUAUAUUGAGACAAAAAUGAUCUAUUUGUAUAUAUACAUAACAGGGUAAAUUAUUCAGUUAAGAAAAAAAUAAUUUUAUGAACUGCAUGUAUAAAUGAAGUUUAUACAGUACAGUGGUUCUAUGAUCUAUUUAUUGGACAUUUCCAUGACCAGAAGGGAAACAGUCAUUUUUUGCGCACAACUUUAAAAAAGUCUGCAUUACAUUCCUCGAUAAUGUUGUGGUUUGUUGCCGUUGCCAAGAAUUGAAAAACGUUUAAAAAAAAAAAAGUUUAAAAAAUACUACUAAUAAAUUGCAUGCUGCUUUAAUUGUGAAUUGAUAACAAACUGUCCUCUUUCAGAAAACAAACAAAAAAAGAAAGAAAGAAAAAAAAAAGCCUAACAAAAAUUUGAACCAAAACAUUCCGUUUACAUUUUAGACAGUAAGUAUCUUCGUUCUUGUUAGUACUCUAUCUGUUUUACUGCUUUUAACUUCUGAUAGCGUUGGAAUUAAAACAAUGUCAAGGUGCUGUUGUCAUCGCUUUACUGGC